CUCAGUUUGGUUUUUUUGAUCGGCAAGAUGAGCUCUGCGACCAGAGCGAGCCGAACGCCUCCAAAUCACCGACCAUCACAACCACCACCACAGACUGCAUCAACAACAUUGUCAGCAUCAUUGUCAUCAUCGCGAUCGCAAUUGUCGUCGACAGGUGGACCAUCAUCAUCAUCAUCCCCAAUGCUGCGCCAGUCUGCAACCCGAAGCAACGCUGUGUCAGGAUCGCCGCCAGCGGGUGCGCGUGCCCAGACUCAGCUCGCAUCGACGAUGUCGCCGACAAGCUCUGGUGUGCCCAACAGCUCGAGCUCUGGGGCCGCAAAAUCAGACUCGGCUCCAUCGCUGGUCGAGCAUCUGUGCGCCACGCUCGUCGGCCCCAAAGCAGCGGACCGACCGACGCUCGUUCAAUAUGCUCUCCGCAUUCUGGCUAGUCGAAUCACAGCUCCCACGUCCCAGGACGAGUUCUUUACAGCAGAGAUUAUCAAAAAGCGAUUUACUCGACAACAACGGACGGAUGAUGCGCUUCGAUUUGCCGAGCUGUUUCAAAAGCUUGGCACAAAGUCUGUCAUCCAAAACAAGUGGGCCAUCUUGUACUUUUUACUGUCGUUGAGCGAAGAAUCGGCGGCUCGAAAUGCCAGCUUGCUUCACGCAAGCAAAGACAGCAUUUUGCUGUCAACAAGUGGCUUGCCAGUUGUGCAGCUCCCUUCGGUGGACCAAAUCUCGUCAGCUUUAUUGCCGACGGUUGCCAGCGCGUCCUCUCUCGCCGGGAGCGGCAGCAUUGAAACCAAGGCCGAAUCUUCUCCGCUCGACAACAUGGCCUUAUCCCAGGCCUCCAUCGAUCGUAUUCACGCCACGCGGGCGAUUCAAGCGGCAGAGCUACGUUCGACCUCGCUCGGUGGAUUGGACGAACAAGUGCUGCUGCAUGAUGUGCUCUUUGCGUUCCAAGGGAUUGACGGCCAGUAUAUCAAAUGGAAUGCCAUUCUCGACAGGUUCACAGUGGACGAUCGGUUGGCCAUCGCCCCGCCUGUUCACGAGCUUGUUCUGAAGCUUGUCGAUCUCGGCUGGCUUUUCAGCAAAGUCCAAGAGUUUGUUCAGCAGUGUAGCGCGGCGCCUGGCUCGCAAGGUCUGCUCGUGCAGGCCUUCGCCUCAGCCCUGCACUUGGAGUUGACCGAGUUUUACCGCCUUGUGGCUCUGCUCGACUCUCAUGUUGGCCAUCAAACGACCGAGGGCAAUUCAAGCUCGCCCGGAUUGACCCUUCGCCGGCUCGCUGUCUGGACUGUGGAUCCGAUGGAGCGCAUGCGAGUUUUAGCUGCGUUGGUUGACAUGUGCCGAGGACUGCGAGGAGGUGCACUCGUGACUCGUGUCCAUGCCCUCUCGGCGCACGGCGAUCCCCUGGUCCAGCGAACGGUCAAGAAACUGACAAAUCAACUAAUGGUGCCGAUUCGCGCAAUGCUGCACCGGUGGCUGUUUGAUGGCGAGCUGGACGACCCGCACGGCGAGUUUUUCAUCUGCGUGCGCCCUAAUGUGCCAAAUGAUCGCAUGUGGCACGAUCGUUAUGCCGUUCGAGAGGCAAUGAUGAUUGAGCAUGUUAUUCCCGCCACACUAGUCCACCAGAUCUUGCUAAUUGGCAAAUCCAUCAACUUUUUGCGAUCUCGCGCACACGACCGAGAUGUUGAGGAGCAGAUUCACGCGUUGAAGAUGGCCACACCAGUUUCCACUUUUGAGGAUGAUGCAAAGGUCAUUGCAACAACCGAGGCGCUCUAUGCACAAACCUCUCGGCGUGUCAUUGAUGUCAUGCUCCAACGCUACCACCUGCUCGACCAUCUUUCCGCCAUCCGCAAAUUCUUGCUCUUGGGGCAAGGGGAUUUUGCCCAGCAUUUGAUGUUUCUGACUCACGAGGAGUUGGCCAAGCCAGCAGCGUCUCUCUAUGUGCACAAUCUUGCGGGUAUUCUAGAAAGCGCUGUGCGAGCAACCAAUGCACAGUACGAGCCCACGGCCCAGCUCAACCGACUUGGGGUGAAAAUGCUCGAGGUCUCCCCUGGCGACGUCGGCUGGGACGUCUUUACGUUGGAUUACGCGAUCGAACACCCUCUCGACCUGAUUCUCAGUCCAGCCGCAAUGAGUCGAUAUCUGCAAUUGUUCCACUUUUUGUGGCGACUCAAACGCAUUGACUUUUCGCUGAGCACUCUUUGGAAGGAGCUUAUUGUUGACUUUAAGCAGUUCAAAUCGAUGCCAGAGGUCAUGCCCGUCUUUCAAAAGUUCCGCGUGGUGGCGAAUGAAAUGAUUCAUUUUGUGCGCCAACUGCACUACUACCUGCUCUACGAGAUUCUCGAAUGCUCUUGGGGUGAAUUGCAACGGGCUAUUCGGCAGGCACGCGACUUUGACCAACUGAUCGCCGCGCAUGACAAGUUCCUCAAUUCCAUUCUGGCAGGCGCCCUGCUCUCGGGAAGCUCUCAGGUGACCCUUGGCAAGUUGCGAGGACUGCUCGAUCUCGUUCUCGACUUUCAACAGCUGCAUGCGGCACUCUUCCAAGCAGCAGAUGAUGAGCUUCACCGUCGGGCACAGAGCGCCGAAGUUGCGGCGGCCCACACACGGGAAGGACGCUGGGGAACGACGACUGCCGAAGCCUCUUCCGAGGCUGCCCAUGUCGCGCAGUUCAUCCAAGGCCCCCUUGAAGGCGCAUCCGAUCAAGUGUCUAUCAUUGGCGCGACGUUUAAGAAACUGGUGAUUGAUUUCGGCGUGCUUCUUGGCGCCACCGAAACCAACCUGCCACUCAAAUUCUUGGCUGUGCGCAUUGACUUUAACGAGCAUUACCGUCGAGCAGGACUCCAACUCUACAGCGACUCUGCUGCCGCAGCCUCGGCAUCGACCUAAAGCUCGAUUUUGUUGUUAUUGUUGUUGCAUGUCUAGCACCUUGUAGUAUCAAGUCGUAUCCGAAUAUCACCCCUGUG